AUGGCUCCUUGGAUUUUGUUCUUCCAGGCACCGCCGCAUCCGCAACCCGAAGAACGCUUUGCGCAAAUUGCCCUGGCGGCGCUUGCUGCCUCUCUCACUCUUGCAGCCCCAUCCCCUCAUCGUGGACAGGCGGGCAGUGGCAGGAGUCGGUUUCCAACAGCAGUAUACCUUCUGACGAACGAGGCCAACAAUGCGGUCGUCGCACUUCCUGUCGCCGCGGAUGGAACGCUGUCCUUGGGAAAUGUUACGGGCACUGGCGGAGCAGGUGCAAACAGUAUUGAUGGGACCACCAACCAACCGGCUGCACCAGAUGCGCUUAUCGGACAGUCCGCUCUGACCGUAGCAGGCAAUCACCUUUUCGCAGUGAACGCUGGCAGCAAUACUCUGACCAUGUUGUCCAUUGAUCCUCAAAAUCCAACUCAGCUUGCUGUGGUCGGCCAACCAGUCAAUCUUCCUGGAGAGUUCCCCAACACAGCUGCUGCUUCAAUACGACAUCGGCUUGUGUGUGUCGGCACCACUGGUGCUGCAAACGGAGUGUCAUGCUCGAGAUUCUCCCGAAAUGGUCUGGUCGGCAUGGACAACUUGCGUUCGUUUGGCUUGACGCAAUCGACACCACCCGUCGGCCCGACCAACAGCGUAUCGCAGCUUUUCUUCUCUCAAGACGAAUCAAAGUUGUUUGCUACGGUCAAAGGAGACCCCGCUACGGGCAAUACUGGUUUCUUCUCGGCAUUUCCUGUCAUCGGUCACGGUCGUCACCAGAGUGCGUCUGUGUCUGCUCAAGAUGUUCGCAGCUCUCCUAAUGGAACCGCUGUCCUUUUUGGCUCAGCGAACAUACCUGGAACAUCGUCUAUCUUCGCCACCGACGCCUCCUUUGGAGCUGCAAUUCUUGCUGUGGACCCAAAAUCUGGCCAAGCUUCCCUUGCUGCCAAACAAGCCAUUGACGGUCAGAAGGCCACGUGUUGGGCCACUAUUUCCCCGGCCACAAGUAGUGCAUUUGUCACCGACGUGGGUGUCAAUCGUCUCGUGGAAAUGAGUUUGAAGGACGCCAGCACCCUCUCCAUCACAGAUCUCUCCGCCAAUGGCGAUCCAGGCUUGAUCGAUUUGAAGGCUGCUGGAAAUUUUGUCUACGCGCUAUCCCCGGGCAACGGCACGACGCCGGCCUCAAUCAGUGUGCUUGAUGUAUCAGGCGGGCAAGGCUCGGCUAAAAUGAUCCAACACUUUGCGCUACAAGGACUGGGAGCCGGGAAGAAUUCUCAAGGAAUGGCUGUUUUCUGA